AAACCGCCCAGUGCUUAGUCGUUACGAAACAGAAAGGGCCUAUAUAUUACGUUACGAACCAGAGAGGGCCUACAUAUUACGUUAGUCCUUGCCUCGUCAGAACUGAAACAACCAGAGAAUCCAUGCCAGUAACACCUCCAGGGUAAUCACAGAGAAAGAGAGAGAGAGAGGGAUGGUGGGACCUUCAAGACCUCAGUUUGUGCUGUUUGGCUCCUCCAUCGUUCAGUACAGUUUCAGCAAUGGAGGCUGGGGUGCCAUUCUUGCAGACUUGUAUUCUCGUAAGGCUGAUAUACUUCUUCGAGGAUACGCUGGUUGGAACUCGAGGCGUGCUCUAAAGGUUUUAGAGCAGGUUUUUCCGAAGGAUGCAACUAUUCAGCCAUCAUUGGUGAUAGUCUAUUUCGGUGGUAAUGAUUCAAUGCGCCCUAAUCCACUAGGCCUAGGCCCUCAUGUACCUCUUUCUGAAUAUGUAGAAAAUAUGAGGAAGAUUGCUACUCAUUUACAGAGCCUUUCAGAGAAAACUCGCAUUAUCUUUCUCUCUGCUCCUCCUGUCAACGAGGAACAAAUUCGUGAGCAUUUAAGAACCAGUGGCAUAAUUGGGGAGCUGAAUCGAACAAACAAGCUAUGCAAAAUAUAUUCAGAUGCUUGUUUAGAGCUGUGCAGAGAGAUGGAUAUCAAGGCUGUUGAUCUCUUCACUUCAAUUCAGAAGAGAAAAGACUGGGAAACUACUUGCUUUACUGAUGGAGUCCAUUUUUCAUCUGAGGGGAGCAAGAUUGUGGCGGAGGAGAUAUUAAAGGUCCUUAAAGAGGCGAACUGGGAAAGCAGCCUGCAUUGGACGUCAUUGGCAACGGAAUUCGGAGAGGAUUCCCCUUAUGAUCCCGUCGGUAUUGAUGGAAAAACUAUGAAUGUCUCAGAGGAUGGCGUUGCGAGACUUAUGCAGUGGGGAAUAAGCAACGGGUAUUAAGAUUUAGACCAUACAUUUCCAUAGCUUGUGUAUGUACUUGGUAACAUCUCUCACCAAUGAUCAAACUCAUCCGUUCUCCGAUUGGUUGAGAACAAUCCUUAUGCACGUUUACCUUAACUAGUUGCAAUGAACGAAUCAUCACUUUAUGUCUUGACCAAAUGAGGAUAGUAUCUCAUAAUAGAUAAUUGAAGUGUAUGUUGUAAGUUGCCAUUGAAAAGUCAAUAAAGCUCGAUAUUGUUGAGUCA